AUGGGCAGUAAGUACCGAGACAGUGGUCCCCCCGGCCGGCCUCCCCCGGGCCCGGCCCGGCCGGCCUGGGCGCCCCGAGGCCCAGCUCCCCGUCGGCCCCACCCCCACCAGUCGGACCCGGCGUCCCGCGGGUUAAGUUUUCUGGAAGUCAUCAAGCCCUUCUGCGUCAUCCUCCCCGAGAUCCAGAAGCCCGAAAGGAAGAUCCAGUUCAAGGAGAAGGUAUUAUGGACUGCUAUCACACUCUUUAUCUUCUUAGUAUGUUGCCAGAUUCCUCUGUUUGGCAUCAUGUCAUCAGAUUCAGCGGAUCCUUUCUAUUGGAUGAGAGUGAUCUUGGCCUCUAACAGAGGCACGCUGAUGGAGCUGGGUAUCUCUCCCAUCGUUACCUCUGGCCUCAUCAUGCAGCUUCUGGCUGGGGCAAAGAUAAUUGAAGUGGGUGACACCCCAAAAGACCGUGCUCUUUUCAAUGGCGCCCAGAAGUUAUUCGGCAUGAUCAUUACUAUUGGCCAGUCUAUUGUGUAUGUAAUGACCGGAAUGUAUGGAGACCCUUCUGAAAUGGGUGCAGGGAUCUGCCUCCUGAUCACCAUUCAGCUCUUUGUUGCCGGAUUAAUUGUCCUGCUUUUGGAUGAGCUCCUGCAGAAAGGUUAUGGUCUUGGUUCUGGUAUCUCUCUCUUCAUUGCUACCAACAUCUGUGAGACCAGUUGGAAAGCAUUCAGUCCUACCACUGUCAACACUGGCCGAGGUAUGGAAUUUGAAGGUGCCAUCAUUGCAUUGUUCCAUCUGCUGGCUACACGGACAGAUAAAGUUCGGGCCCUUCGAGAAGCUUUUUACCGCCAAAACCUCCCCAACCUCAUGAAUCUGAUCGCCACUAUCUUUGUUGCAGUUGUUAUCUAUUUUCAGGGCUUCAGAGUUGACCUGCCCAUCAAAUCGGCCCGUUACCGCGGUCAGUACAACACCUAUCCCAUCAAGCUUUUCUACACUUCCAACAUUCCCAUCAUCCUUCAGUCGGCUCUAGUAUCUAAUCUGUACGUCAUUUCCCAGAUGUUGUCCGCUCGCUUCAGUGGCAACUUACUGGUUAGCCUGCUGGGCACCUGGUCUGAUACUUCUUCUGGGGGUCCAGCUGCGCUUAUUCCAGUUGGUGGCCUUUGCUACUACCUAUCACCCCCAGAAUUUGGCUCUGUGUUAGAAGAUCCUGUGCAUGCAGUUGUAUACAUCGUAUUCAUGCUGGGUUCAUGCGCAUUCUUUUCCAAAACGUGGAUUGAAGUCUCAGGCUCUCAGCCAAAGACGUUGCAAAACAACUAAAGGAACAGCAGAUGGUGAUGAGAGGUCACAGAGAAACUUCCAUGGUCCAUGAACUAAAUAGAUACAUUCCCACAGCUGCUGCAUUUGGUGGACUGUGCAUUGGGGCCCUCUCAGUCCUGGCAGAUUUCCUCGGAGCUAUUGGAUCUGGAACAGGAAUCCUGCUUGCUGUCACCAUCAUUUACCAAUACUUUGAAAUAUUGUCAAGGAACAGAGUGAAGUUGGCAGCAUGGGGGCUCUCUUGUUUUAAACUUCGCCUCUUCAUGGACCUAGAAGAGGGAAUGAGGGCGUUCUUGAAUUGUCCAAGAAGAGGUAAAGAAAUAACCAAAAUCUUGUUACAAGAGCUCUUACUGAAGGAGAGUCACAUAUGCUGUGGUAUAAGAACUUUUGUUUAAUAUUCUUUCAUUCCAACUUUUUUGUAUCAGAUGUGCACUUCUUAAAGUGCUAGAAAAUGUCAAGAAUCUUGUUUUUAGUCCUGGCAUUAGCAGAAGUAACUGUAGAAAUGGAAUUGUCUUUAUUUGACAUUUGUCCCCUGAGCUUAAUUGAUGUAAAUGAUGAAGAGUUUUCCAAAGUAUCAUCACUUUUUUAAAGAAUUCUUAUGCCUUGAGUUUGUGUCUUCUCAGCACUGACCCUUGCUGUACUAGUCACAAUUUCUACCACCCAGAGGGACCUAUGAAUCUGGUUAUAAGCACAAACCCCAUUAAAACUUACCCAGUCCAUACUGGGAAGUGGGUGGGAGGAAUAUGACUUUAAAUCCAGGUGGCUAGAAGGAAGCAUUCAUUAAAGGGUGUCUCUCUUAAAUGACCCUGAACAUUCAGUAAUACCUGAUGACAGGUAUCACAUAGCAGCAUAAGACUGUUUCCAGAUAGAAUUUUUUUUUCCUUUUCAAGGGAAUCUAAUUAGGGUAGCCUAGCUUUUCCGAGGGAAGAGAAGAAUAGCUUGCCUAAGAUUGGAGAAUGUCAACAACAGCCCUGGGAAGCCUGGUAAGCAGCUCUCUCUCAUUCUCCAGUUGUCAUCACUGUUGGCUACACUAACUGAAUUGUGGGAACUAAAAUAACAGAAACUGCAUGUCCUUGCUUCCUACAUGCUCAAUUACUUUUGCCUUUGGGAAGUCCAGAGUUCGAGCCUAGCUGGACUAAGCAGUCAGUUUCUGUCUCUCUGGAGAUAUAUGAAAACUAAUUUUUCUAGAAUAACCUUCCUAGCUCAGAGCUGUGCCUGAGAACCCCUCUAAGUGGCAUUGACAUAUCUUAUCCUGAUGCUUCCAAUUUAUAGUUCCAGCCAUCUCAUAUCAUUUCCCCUGAGUCUUCCUACUUCCUACCCUCUCAAAAAAUACUUCCAAAAGGAAAUAUUUUAGCAAGUAAUUAGGCAUAGAAGGAAAGUCACCCAAUUUUCAUAGCCAGUUUCAUCAUACAUACUAUUUUAUAGGAAGAUUAAAACAUUACCCUACUUGUAUUUUUAGAACUUUUUUAAAUAAAUUGUACAUAGGACCAAAUACAAGCAAUGUGAAUGAAAAGAAGCCAGGGAAUUGGGUUCUAUAAUAAACCAGUAUUGCCCAUUAUGGAAAAAGGGAUAAACUUAGGACAGGUAGGCAGUAAGAUCAGGAUUUUGAAAUCUACUUUUUUCAUAUGUUGGUCCAACUAUUUUAAGUCUUAAAGUUCUGUCCAAAAACUUUCUGUCCUCAACUCCCAAAUGGACUGCAGGAAUUAAGACCUUUUCUAAGUUGGGGAUAUUUAAGGAAAGCCUGAGGGAUUAACAUAAAGGACAUAGAGAAAGAUAAGUUGGCAGUAUUCACUGGGGUCUGUCUAAUGGUUGAACUAGGAAAUGAGGGAGACCAGUGGCACUAGAGAUGAAAGAUUCCUGGAAAGGAGAAUCUGGAAGCAAGGAGAGAACCAGGGCUGCAAAAUGAGAGCAAAGAACAGUGUCAGUCUGGUGUCAUGGCAAGUGGUGCUCCACCCAAAAGGAAGCGCAGUUUUAGCCCAGAGAUUACAACUGUUAAGGGGGAACUGCCACCUCAGGUGGAGUGUUUUAUACAUAGUACAGGGUGUUCCAAAAGUCUCCAUGCAGCUUUAAGCUAUUAAAGUUUAAUGCUUUAAUAUAAUAAAAGGUUUAAUAUAUUAAAAGUAUUAAAUUUUAAUAGUUUAAAGCUGCAUGGAGACUUUGGGAACGUCCUGUAUUUCAGCUAGCUCCAAGUCAGGUCUAGUUUCUGCUAGAAAGAGCAAUAUUAAUGUUAACUCAUGUCUGAGAUUGUCGACUCUUAAGACCAUCUUUGCCAAAUCAUUUGGAUUUGAGUCAUGGUGGUGGUUGGGUGUUGAAUUAUUGAGAUCCACUGUAGUGUUACAGGCAUGAAGCCGAAUGGUGACCUUGGAUGACCUAGAAGUGUGUGGGUAUCAUGAAGUCCUAGAACCAGAGCUGACUUUUGCAAUUAUCUAUUCCAUUUUAGAGAAGAAAUAGAGGUUUGAAAAGGUAAUGGGAUUUGCACAAGGUCUCAUUGAAAGUUUGUAGAUCCAGAACAGGAGUCCAAAUCUCCUGACUUUUCUAGUCCACAGUACCACGUGUGACCUCGUCUGGGCCCACUUAGGAACAUAGAAGUGGAUCUGAGACACUGAUCCUUGCCCCUUUUCCGCAGACAUUGAAUUUUGCUGACACUGCCUUCUAUUGCUAGAGAUCAUCUUGCUUCCUGCUAGAUCUUUCUUCAUCCCCUUCUCUCUUCCUGCUCAGUCCCAUGCUACACAGCAGAAACUGAUCACUGAGGGUGCAGAUGUGGAGUGACAACUGAACUCUCCUUCAACCAAAUAGUUGUUUGGGCUUUUUAUUUGGUUUAAAGCUCCUCCUCCAUAUACGCUUGAAUACCACUGAUACCAUUAACCAUGUGUUCUUGCCAUCUGCAAAUGACAAAGCAUCUUUACAAUCUAAUUGCCAAGUCUCCAAAUCUGCGAGGUUGGGCCAGCCUUGUGUAACAGUCAGUGUGCAAACUGGGACCAACACUCAGCCACCUUGGAAGGUUUAUUGAUAAGGUAAAUGAUGGCAUAAUGGAGGAAUGGAAACAAGCCAUGAAUAAAGAAAUGUUUUACAGUUCUA